UGCUGUCUGCUAUACACUGGGAAAGUGAAGGUCUACUUUAGCUGCAGGGUUCUCCUGUUUUUUUUUUCCCCUUCAGUUUUUGGUGGACGAAAGAAGAGAGAAACGAAUAAUAAUAAAGUCUCUCUCUCUCUUCUCAGUCCAUGCUGAGAUCUGUGUUCGACGAGUUCUGGAAAACUUUCUACUCCCGCUGUAGAGUUGAAGGUACACGUCAAAACAACAGAGCACCACCACCAACACAACUAGAGCAGUGUAAAGGAUUUUUCGAUUCUUUGGCUGCCGAAAUUACUACUACAUCUUCUCGUCAGCGAAGAAGGCUACCAAUGGACUCUACUUCUCGGUGGGACUGACCACAAAAUCUCAGUUGGAGGGAAUAUGUCUUCCAGACUCAACUGCAAGAGAACUUGUGAUACAACAGUGAUGUCUGUGAUCGAACAAAUGAUUUUGCUGGUUAUCGUGUACUUCUCCUACUGCAGUGCUAGUUCAAUCGUGGAAAACUCAUCAAAUGACUUGGUGUACAAUAAUCAAUUUGCAGUGAACAUUCCAAAUGCUUCUGAAGUGCUAGUCCAGCUCAUUGCAGAGAAACAUGGCUUUAGAAGCCUGGGCCAGGUUGGUUCUCUGGAUGGGUACUUUUUAUUCGAACACGAUCAUGUCCACAAGCGGUCGGCCGACCCGAGCGGCCUUCACCACGAAAAGCUCGUCAACGAACCGGGGGUUGUAUGGGUAGCACAGCAGCACGAGAGGAGACGGUACAAGCGUGAUUUCGCUUCACGUUCGAGUAUCAGCAAUUUCGCCUUGGGUAAAGGCAGCGAGUUUCCCGAUCCAUUUUAUCGAGAACAAUGGUAUCUGCAUGGUGGAAGCCAGGAAGGAUUCGACAUGAACGUCAUACCCGCCUGGCGCAAAGGUUAUUCAGGCAAAGGAAUCGUCGUUUCCAUCCUGGAUGACGGCAUUCAAACCAAUCACCCUGAUCUGGCCCAGAACUAUGAUCCAUUGGCCAGCUCAGACAUCAACGACAACGAUAACGACCCGAUGCCUAGAGAUAAUGGCGACAAUAAGCACGGGACGAGAUGCGCCGGCGAAGUAGCCGCCGUCGCUUUUAAUUCCUACUGCGGCGUUGGCAUAGCCUUUAAUGCCAGCAUUGGUGGCGUCCGGAUGCUUGACGGCACCGUUAAUGACGCCGUCGAAGCACGAGCACUCAGCCUUAAUCCUGAUCAUAUCGACAUUUACAGCGCAUCGUGGGGACCCGAAGAUGAUGGCAAGACGGUCGAUGGCCCUGGACCGCUUGCCAAACGUGCCUUCAUCAACGGGAUCAUGAAGGGACGGAAAGGUAGAGGAUCCAUCUUUGUGUGGGCUUCGGGUAACGGAGGUCGACAUGAUGAUUCCUGUAACUGCGACGGAUACACAAACUCUAUCUUUACUUUGUCGAUAUCGAGCGCAACUCAAGGAGGGUUCAAGCCUUGGUAUCUGGAAGAGUGCUCAUCUACUUUGGCAACUACUUACAGCUCGGGACGUCCCGAUGUGGAUCGAUCCAUCGCUACGGUCGAUAUGGAUGGCUCACUAAGACCCGAAUUUCUCUGCACUUCAGACCACACUGGCACUUCUGCUUCGGCUCCUCUAGCAGCUGGUAUUUGUGCCUUGGCCCUCGAAGCUAAUUCCAACCUUACCUGGAGAGAUAUGCAGCACCUGGUCGUCUUUACGUCCAGGCCAGAUCCGCUCCAUGAUAACGGCUGGGUUACUAAUGGCAUUGGCAAGAAAGUGAGCCAUAAAUUCGGUUACGGUCUGAUGGAUGCUUCAGCCAUGGUGACGUUGGCCGAACAGUGGACCAAUGUGCCCCCACAGCACGUCUGUCAGACGCCAGCUGAUCAAAGUGACCGUCUCAUUCCGAGCGGUUUUGGACAAAAAUUAGAAGUUGUGGUAGAAACUGAUGCCUGCGCUGGAUCCGCUCACGAGAUCCGUUUUUUGGAACACGUCCAGUGCAGAAUUUCUCUCCGGUUCGCUCCCCGUGGAAAUCUGAGGAUUCGAUUGACUUCGCCGUCUGGAACCCAGUCGGUGCUUUUAUUUGAACGACCUCGAGACGUGUUGGAUUCAUCUUUUGACGAUUGGCCAUUUAUGAGCGUCCAUUUUUGGGGUGAAAGGGCUUCUGGAAGAUGGAAACUUGAGAUUUUGAAUGCCGGAGUUAAACGAGUGAACAAAGCUGGAAUUUUGAAAAAAUGGCAACUUGUGUUUUACGGAACAGACACGAAUCCUAUUCGCCUACGUUCACUUCAAACGCCUCGUCCUACUUUCCCAAACCUUAACGGCGGGGCAGCGACCAUCGGUCGAGACGUUCACGGACUGUCGGCCCCGCCUUCGGUGGCCACACCUUUGGCUCCUACUUUUAAAAGCGUCGGCCGAGCUCCGAACGCACCUGGUAGCCAGUUAUUCUUCCCAGGCAACCCGGGAUUCCGCCCGUCAUACUUCCCCAACACGGGCUAUCCAGAUUUCCUCCAGUUUGCUGGAAGCCAACCUGUCACUUAUAGCGCUGCGAUGGAGGCCACGCCUUCUUCCAACGCGGCGAGCAAAAACAAUUGCCCAAAGUUUAGUCACGACGGGAAUUGCGUUGAUGCCUGCCCACUUACAGGAUAUUACAUCUCACCCGAAAUGGUAUGUCUGGCUUGCCACGCAUCCUGUAAUAACUGCACUGGACCGGAACCCCAUCAGUGCUUAUCAUGCGCACCGACAUUCAAUCAAAUGAUAGACAAGAACCUUUGCGUGGAACACUGCCUUGAUGGCUACCACUUAGAUGAAGCAAAGAUGACGUGCAUUCCUUGCCAGCCGCAGUGCAAUACGUGCAACAACGCCCUGGAAUGUUCUAGUUGCGAAUUCCGCUUCGUUAUUCACGAUGGCCAAUGCCUGCCGUCUUGUCUGCCCGGCUACUACGAGACCGACGACUAUGCUUGUGCACCAUGUGAUACUAGUUGCUCCACAUGUCGGGGUCCCCAUGAUGACCAUUGCGUCACUUGUGCCGAAUCUUUCUCGGAAUUUAAUGGAUCAUGUGUUCAACAUUGUCCGGCCGGUUUCUGGAGCCAUGGAGCACCCGGAAGCAAACAAUGUCUCCCGUGCCCUCCCGGUUGUGAAGCCUGUUCGCUGAAGGAGAACGACUUUGGUCUUGUUUGUAGCGAAUGUGCUGACCAGUGGGUCCUGGACUCGUCCACCCUUCUUUGUCUUAAUCCAUCGACUAAUGUCUGCCCCGAAGGGGAAUACGUUGUUGAUGGCAAGUGCUACCCCUGCCAUGGAUCAUGUAGUGAAUGCAGUGGUUCAUCCAGCACUCAGUGUACUCACUGUUCCAACCGUACCAUGCAUCUCGGCUCCUGCUUGGAGGUCUGUCCCCAAGGCACUUUCGACGAGGCCGGAUCUGAGGACUCGAAACACAUCCAAUUCUGUCGGCCAUGUCCGCAGGCUUGCGCUCAGUGCGACAGUAUGGAUCAUUGCACUGAAUGCUUAGGAACACUUCAACUACAAAACGGAAAAUGUCUUGCUUCUUGCGAAGACGGGUAUUAUAGCGAUCGUGGAGUCUGUGUGCGCUGUCAUGGAAGUUGCGCAUCCUGCAGCGGACCGCUGGCCACUGAUUGCACGCACUGCGCGAAUGGCUUCUCUUGGUUGCAGCAUCACUGCCUCUCUCAGUGUCAUUUGGGGCACUACAACAUAUCAUUGGGCUCCUUAAUCGCAACGGAAUAUCAAACGCCUGCCAAGAUGAACCAGUUCCUCUGUGCCCGUUGCCACGCCUCUUGUCAAAUGUGCGAAGGAAGUGCGCUCAACUGUCUAGCCUGUUCGGACGGAUUUGUCUGGAACAACAACACCUGCAUCCUCACUUCUUUCGAUUCGAGAAUAGUGGAAAUCCCAUUGGUCGAAUUCGUCAAAGAAUCUGAAGGACGGGGAACACGAGCCAAGGACAAUGUCGAACCAGGCCGCUUCCUCAGUGCUUCUCAUUGGUUAUUUGGAAUGGCUGCUAGUUUUAUUGCUGGAAUAAUUGUUGUGCUGGCAGUUCAGGUGAGAUCACGUAUUACUAAAAACUAUUCGCGAGUUCCGUUAUCGAUUCCCGAAGAAGACCAUGAAACUGGGUUCGACAAAUUACUCUCGGCAUCCGACGAGGAAGACAGCGAUACAUUUCCCAAAGUUUGAAUUAGGUAAAUAAUUUCAACUGUGCAACCUCUGGUUGUGCUUGGCACACCAGAAUGCCAUGACAAUCUUUGGCUAGUUUCCCGACCAAAGGCAAAUAAGUUCCAGCCUCUUUUGAAGAAAAAUAAUGGCUCAUGUGCCAGUGACAUUCGGUCACAUCGAUGGGAUUUUAAUGCUAUAACUGCUAUCAAUUAAGUUGUUACUUUAAAACGAGUAAUGUGAUGUUAUUUGUAAAAUUGUGUUGAUAUUGGACGACGGGCGUAUUAUGACGCUGACACAUUUUCCAUUAUGUUGGAUAAAUUACAAACACUUCCACAAA